GGGGCGGAGCAACCUGUCAGGGAAGUGGGUAGGGCGCCGUCCGGAAGAACCCCAGCGCGACUGCGCGAACCCAGACGCGGCGAUCUCCGCCGCGGCCCUGGGGCGCCAGUGGGUGGGGCUUGUCGUCCUGACAACGCGGCAGCGUUGGUCCACACAACCCAGAGAUCACACUUGGCCGACUACAGCGGUCGUGCAUGCUUCAGCAUGGCUCCCAAAGCAAAAAAGUCUGGCAGUAAGAAAAAGAAAAUCACCAAAGCUGACCGGUUGAGGCAGUUACAAGAGGAAGAAGAGAAACGACAAAAAGAGGAAGAGGAGGCACGUGUGAAAUAUGAAAAAGAAGAAAUGGAAAGACUUGAAAUACAACGAAUUGAGAAUGAAAAAUUGCAAAAACUGGAAGCAAAAGAUCUAGAAAGGAGAAAUGAAGAGCUUGAAGAACUUUAUUUAUUAGAAGCGUGUUUUCCUGAAGCAGAGAAAUUGAAACGAGAUGAUAGAUUCCUUUCCCAGUGGAAACACUACAUUCAAUGUGAUGGGAGUCCUGAUCCUUCAAUAGCCCAAGAAAUGAAUACUUUUAUUACCUUGUGGAAAGAGGAAACCAAUGAAACUUUAGAGGAAGUGAUUGAGAAGAGUAAACUAGUGCUAAAUUUAAUUGAGAAAUUGAAGUUAAUUUUGUUGGAAACUCCACCAUAUGAUUUGCAAAGGAAAAAUAUAAUCCAGUACCAAGGAUCAAUUCUAGAACUGCAGGAGCUCCUUCAUCUUAAGUUUAACAGAGCCACAGAAAUACUUCUCAGACAAGCUAGUACUUUAGCAGAUCUGGACAGUGGAAAUAUGGAAAAAGUCAUUCAAGAUGAAAAUGUUACUCUCUAUAUAUGGGCGAACCUCAAGAAGAAUCCAAGGCACAGAAGUAUCAGAUUCUCUGAGACACAAACUGGAUUUGAAAUCCCAAGGAUAUUAGCAACAUCUGACAUUGCUCUACGACUCCUGCACACUCACUACGAUCAUGUCACACCCCUGAGCCCCGUUCUGACACCAUCACAAGAACACGUUUCCUUAGUAACUGACUUUGUCAAGGAAGAAGUUAAGAGUGUGCAAACAGCAGUCAGCAAAGAUCUCCAAGAAGAGAAUAAACAACAAGAAAAUGAGUCUAACUCAGUUCAUGAGGAAGAAACAAAAGCUGAGGAACAAGGUGAUGUCGAAGAACAAACGUGUCCUGUCCAGGAAGAACCUGAAACCACAAAAUAUGAAAUGGAGAUGAAAUUACUAAGUGAAACAGUUUCAGCAGCACAGGAGUUGCUGCUAGAGAAUGCUUGUGAAAAACCCUAUUUCCUUGAAGAAGAUGAGGUUGAUUUAUGCCAGUUCACAACCCUGGGUGGAGUGUACCACUUGGAUAUUUUGGAGCUUCCUCCACAGUGUAAACCAAUGAAAGGCUGGAUGAUUGUGGAAAUACUCAAAGAGGGAUUACAGAAAUAUACAUAUCCUCCAGAAACUACAGAAGACCUUGAAACAGAAAAUGUUUUCCCACCCAUAGAGGUCAUGCUUGAAGUUCACGAGAAUGUAAUCUUCUUUGAGAAUCCUAUGGUUGCAAGGUGGGAUGCUGAAGGUAAACACUGGAAAACUGAUGGCAUCAGCAACGUGUCUUACAAAUCGGAAGAGAGACUUAUAACAUUCAACCUGGAAACUUUUUGUCCUGUUACCUUAAUUCAAGAUGCCCAUAUUAAUAUGCCAUUCCAGUCAUGGGAGCUAAUACCACUUGAUGUGAAUAAAGUACUUCUGACUGUGACUACAGUAUUUACUGAACUUCAAAUACAAAUUAAGGAAAACCUCUGCAUGUUAGCUUCAAUCAAAGUAAAUAACAAAAAGCAUUCCUCUAUUUUGGAAGAAAAGUGGAUGACUCCUGUUUCUUUCAUUAUUGCUUUGAAAAAUGCUGGAUUGAAUAUCUUCCCUACUGGACACUCUCAUCUUUAUGUUGUUAUAAACUAUAAGCAUCCUUCGGUAGAAGUGAAAGCUUAUCGACAAAUGGCCCUGUUAAGUUCUGCUUUUGCAUUUUGUUGGAGUAAGUGGAAUACAGUAUGUGAUUCUAAGAAAACUAUAUUUCAGGUGAGGGAACACCUUCUUAAAGACGAAUCCAUUCAAAAUCCUAACUGGACCCUUUUAAUGUUUAGUGGUGACAGGGCACAAAGUCUCAAGAUCAAUGAAUCCAGUGAUGCAUUUUCUGAAGUCCUUAAAGAAGAAACUGAAUUUCAUUCCACUUUAUAUCACAUGGUGAAGGAUUUUGCUUCUCAGGAAGCAAUGAGGGAAGUCAGGCGUUCCAACUGCCAGUUUGUGGACUCUGUAUGCCACAUGCUACUCUCAACUAGGUUACUCAGCUAUUCUUAAAUCCCCAGGGAUAAAUUUUAUCCGGUAUGAAGAAUCAAGCAACUUGGAGAAACAUCAGGUAUUUCUUCAAUAAAGUGUAAUGAGUGAAUAUAUUUCAAACAGGCUGUUCAAAUUAUCUAAUCAGCAUUUUAUACUCAAAUUUUCUUUCUUAAGAAUUAGGUUUUUUUUUUUCUUCUUGUACUUGGCCUACUGAGACUACCAAUGUUAACUGUUCAUAGAUUUGAAUGGUUCUUUAUUUCAAUAAAUUUUAACAAACAAUAA